AAAAAUAUUAACGUCCUGAGUGGACACUGGCUCCUUUUUUGGUGCCACGUGCUUCUCCGCCACCUGAGAAGUAUCGGCUUCUUUUCUCCGCUGACUGUGGGCAGCCGGUCAGGAGCGGAGGAUGGCGGUCGCUCUGGACCGCCCAGUGUCCUCGCCGGCGGGCCAAAUUCAGGCCACACGCCGGGCGUUUCGACGGCCCGCAGCCAUCGCCUCCUUUCUCCGCAGUGGUUUUGCGAAGGCCGCUCUUCAUUCUCAGCCGCCGCUUGUGCAUGACCGGCCGCAGCGAUGGAUCGUCGUCGCCGGGGGACGUCGGAUCGGUUACCAGGAGGUCCGGCGAGUGGCGUGCUGCUGCUCGACGGAGGGUCGAAUCUUGGAUUUGGAGCCGAAGGCGGAAAAGGAGCGGCGGAGGGUGGACGUGGUGGUGGCGGCCGUGAUGACGGUGAUUCUAGGCGUGGGGAACAGGGUACUCUACAAGUUGGCCCUUGUUCCUCUGAAGCACUACCCGUUCUUCUUGGCGCAGCUCGCUACGUUCGGGUAUCUGGUAGUAUAUUUCUCCUUUCUCUACUUACGUCACAAAUCUGGUAUCAUUACGGAGGAGAUGCUUUCAUUACCCAAACAUCGGUUUGUUACUGUUGGUCUUCUAGAGGCUCUUGGUGCUGUUUGUGGAAUGGCAGCAGGAGCAAUGCUUCCUGGUGCCUCAAUACCAAUUUUAUCUCAGAGCUUCCUAGUGUGGCAGCUUCUUCUAUCGACUGUUUUCCUUGGCAGGCGCUACAAGACAAAUCAAAUAUUUGGAUGCCUUCUUGUCACUGUUGGAGUGAUAAUAACUGUUGCUAGUGGAUCUGGUGCUGGUCAGUCAUUAAAAGAAGCUGGAUUUUUUUGGGCACUUAUGAUGAUCACAUCUUUUUUCUUUCAAGCUGCUGAUACCGUUGUGAAGGAAAUAAUUUUUUUGGAUUCUGCCCGCCAGCUAAAGGGGCAUUCACUUGAUUUGUUUGUUGUAAAUUCUUAUGGAUCAGCAUUUCAAGCAUUAUUCAUCUGCCUUCUGCUGCCAUUCUUGUCCAAGUUAUGGGGUGUUCCUUUCAGACAGUUGCCCAGCUAUUUAAGAGAUGGAGCAGCUUGCUUUUUAAAUAUGGGUUCAUUGUCAAGUGGAUGUGAAGGUGCACCGCUUCUACCCUUACUAUUUGUGUCCGUGAAUAUGGCCUUCAAUAUAUCACUGCUUCAUCUUAUCAAGAUCUCCUCUGCAUUGGUCUCAUGCCUUGCUUCAACUUUCUCAGUUCCUAUCUCUGUGUAUAUCUUCACUCUACCAUUACCAUUGCUUGGAGUGCCUUCGGCACUGCCAGCUGGCUUCAUAACAGGGGCAGGCAUCCUCUUGAUUGGAUUGUUUAUGUAUACAUGGCAACCAUUUGUUGGACCUUCAUCCGAACGAGCACCAAUUGAUCAUUGACAAGAUCAACAAUUAGUUCGCUCUUGUGGAGCACACAAGACCAAUUAUUGUUGGCCUUGAAGUUGAUUCUGAAGAGAGUAUCAAGAAGAUGCUAACAGCCUUAGACUUAUGCAGCUUCCCGUGAAGAAAGCCUUCAAAUGAGUUGUAUGUUAAGAAGGAAAGCCACCCCCCGCUCUCUCCGUCCCUCCCUCCCUCUCUCUCUCUCGUUUUCUCUCUUUUAGUGCCCUAUCAGUUCGUGUAUCGACUUUUAAUAAUGAUUAACAGCUGGGUUAACGUCUGAUGGUAAUAACAGGCACCAAUUGAGUGAAAUGCCAGGCUUGAGGCAUGCUGUCUCAUUUUAAGUGA